AUGCUUAUAAAAUGGAACAUUCGGAAGGAGAAAAGGCAAAAAGGUCUGUAUGGAAUGGAAGACCACCAUCAUAUGACCGGAACACCAGGAAUUUACACGUCGGGCAGAUCGACGUCUAGCAGUUCUAGUCCUGGAGUCGCAGGUUCGAGUCCAGCACUGCUAGUCGUCCCUCAACCAAUUAAUGCAACCAAGAUGGGAGGUAUGCAGAAUGGUGGUCCUCAGCCGAGAAAGUACCAGUGCAAAAUGUGUCCUCAGAAAGUUGUGGAAAUUUGCUCAAUCGAAUUCGAGCCACAACUAAGAAAAAUUAAGUAA